CCAACUGUGUGUGUUCUCUCUCCAUGACAGCCCGAGGAAGAGCCGCUGGUCUGUGAUAUCACCGGAUCCAGUUCGUCCACCGAUGACACCGCUUCCUUGGACCGACAUUCUUCUCACGGCAGUGAUGUUUCCCUCCCCCAGAUUUCAAAUUUGAACAGGUCCAGAGAUCAGCAGUGUCUUGACGGCUUCUACAGCCAUGGUGUGGGAGCUGAGGGCCGAGAGAGCGAAGGUGAAGCUGCCGGCUCAGGUGAGAUGGAGGAGGAGGAGAUGGACAGCAUCACCGAGGUGCCCGCGAACUGCUCCGUGCUGAGGAGCUCCAUGCGCUCCCUGUCCCCUUUCCGGAGGCACAGCUGGGGUCCUGGGAAGAACGCGGCCAGUGAUGCCGAAAUGAACCAGCGCAGUUCAUUGCGAGUUCUUGGGGAUGUUGUCAGGAGACCUCCCAUUCAUAGGAGAAGUAUGAGCUGGUGUCCCUCUGCUGUACAAUACUCUGCUGCCCUGAGUGCUGACUUUAAUUACAGAAGUUUCAGCCUAGAAGGCUUGGCAGGAGGAGCUGGUGCCGGAGACGAGCCAUCUUCGUCUCUAGGUGUAGAGUCUGUAAACACCAAAGAGCUCAGGCACCCUUUCAGUGGGGAAGAAAGGGGUGACUCUUUGGUGUCGCUUUCAGAGGAGGAUCUGGAAUCAGGCCAGAGAGAACACAGGAUGCUUGAUCAGCAGCCGUGUCACAGAUCUAAACAACAGGGAUUCAAUUACUGUACAUCAGCCAUUUCUUCUCCACUAACAAAAUCCAUCUCAUUAAUGACAAUCAGCCAUCCUGGGUUGGACCUUGCUAGCCAAACACUAAAUAAUGUGGCUAACUCCCAGAAGACACUGUCCUAG